AUGAGAGCAACGCCCUUGUGGAUAAUAAGCUCCUUUUUCGCAUUUGCGUUCGCACAUGCUCUUGAAAAUGAAGUGAAACAAGAAAUUGCAGUUAUCCACAAGAGCGUCCUGAAGAAGGUGCCGCUAAAAACGUGGCUCGACUUAGUGAAUGACUCCAUCCGUGUGAUAAUCGAAGCAAAUAGUUUAAAAAACCAAAAACUGCGGGAGCAAGAUUUGGUUAUUUGGAACAAUGGCAAGCGUAUGAAUGAGAAAUAUUUUAACUCGGAUCACUUCCAAAGGGGAAAUAAAAAUGUGUAUGUCUUUUUGAUGGGCGGCCAGAUUACGGCGGCAAACUGCUUCACCGCGGAGAACAUUUACAACACUUUCGCGGAGCAAGUUACCAAAUACAUAGGUGUGAUAAAAAAAUACUUGCACCUGGACGACAACGCCAGCGAAGAAUGGACAUCCAUGGAGGAGCUCCUGCUACUUUUAUUGAAGUCCAAGGAGCUCAGGGACAUGGUUGUUCGUAUCAAAACGGACGAGCAUAUCGAGGCCGUGAGGCAGAAGAUCCUGGAACUAACACAGAAAAAUAAAAACUACCAAAUUUUCUUUGACAUUCUGAAGGAACACAAAAUAGUUUACAACAUCCUCGACAGCAAGGUCAAGUGGAGGACCUUCGUGAAGGAGAAUCUCGGCAAUUUGAAAAAGUUGCUGGAGCCCUACUACGCCAAUGUGCCGGCGGACGAGUUGUAA